AUGCAGUCUCAAGUAAGCAUGGUGGCGCAGACUCCCCCUGUGCCGCGGCAAGAUGCGGGGCACGCCGGCAGUGCGACGUGGCCGCCCAGUUCAUCGAAUUUCUUGCCGCAGGGGACGUUGGGCGACCAGCGCAACCGACUUCCGCCUAUCCCUGGGCCCCCACAAGCCGAUGCGGCCCCCGGGGGCUCGCUGAGAUUUCCUCCACCAGAUGCCUACACUCCGCCCCCGGGGGCCACUGUGUUCUCUCGGGAGCACACUGGCCGAAUCCCCCGAGGCAAGUUUUUUGUGCAGCUAGGCUCCACGAUGAGGCACGUGUGUUUGCUGAGGUGGCGUUCUCCCUGCUCAAUGUGCUGUGAGAUUAUGACUCCGUUUCUUUUUGUUUUCGGAACCGUACUCCUUUGGGGGCUCUUCCGGAACGAGCAAGGGAGCCCAGGGAACUACUUCGACAGCUCCGCCCCUAAGGACUACAGGGCUGCAAUGGAUGCCCUGCAUGCGUCUGUGUGCUAUAACGCUUCGAUGGGUGAGAUGAGUGGCGUGCCUUCGUGCAAUCUUUCGGAACCUGGAAAGUUGCUCUGCGUGGAUGGAGAUGAUUUCCUCGCAGGGCUGUGCUGCGGGGCGAAAGAGGCUGCUCCGUUAUUCAUCUUCUCCAACAUGCUGGGUGGCCGCACGGCGGCCACUCCGACGUUUGACGACGUCGCGUUGCUGCGUUUGCUAAAAAGAACACGGAAUUGGAGGCUGUACUUUGCACCAGUGUCCGCUGCCACUGCUGCCCUGGUGGAAUACUUCAACACCAGCUCGCGGUACUUUCGCUACGUGUAUGGUGGGACGUACGGCGUGGACGCUGCGGAGUCAUUGGCACGCGACAACCCUCCUAUCUGGGGCAUUGUGCAGGUCAGCGACAUGUCGCCAGAGAAGUUCGAUGUGACGAUUCGUCUGAAUGCAUCGGAGCUUCCAGGAACCAAAAAAAUGCGCGACGAAAUUUAUAUUGGUGGACUGAACACCGGAUCCGGCGAACUUUACAUCAGCUCCGGUUUCAUUACGCUUCAGAGUGUUGUCUCCAGCUACUACCUCAACAGAGUCGUACAGGUGCCGAAUAGUGAGAUUUUGAUGUACACACCUGCACCUACAGCGGCGUAUGACACCCAGCCGUUCUUUUCGGUCAGUGGGGAGUUGGUGCCUCUCAUUGUGGUGAUGGGCUUCCUUUACCCGGUGUCGCAGCUGACGCGACGCCUUGUCCUCGAGAAGGAGUUGCGCAUUCGCGAGGCUGUGCUGAUCAUGGGGCUGUCGGAGGGUAUCAUGUAC